AUGGCGUUUGCUGCGAAGCUCGGCGCCUUGACUGACGAGCUUGUCGAGGUCAUCACGUCGACGCCAGACAAGAAAAUAAGUCGGGAGAGAUUCAAUGUGUUGCGCGAGUCUUCUCUGCGUAGCUUGAGAUAUCACAGCUUUUUGCGCACCAACCAAUUCGAUGUCGAAAACCAGCUCAUUGGGCUAGAGGAGCGCUUUCGGGUCCACCAUCGCGAUGGCCUGGCGGAUGCCUUUAGGGAACGUCUUGAUGCGCUGUCACAGUUCCGAACAAAGUGGCAUCCCGAUAUCCUACAUUUCCUUCUCGACCUAGCCGACCAACCAACCCAAAAGACUCGACUAAGCGAUCUAGAACUCCUAAAGGAACUUGAGGAGGACGUCAAACCACCGCUUAGAUGGGAGGAUAUUGCGAAGGAGGAUGGCUGGCACAAGGAUGCUGACAUAUGGAAGUCUAUCGAUUACAGCGAUAACUCUGGCAAUGAAUACGGCGAUUCUAAGUCAGAGACAUCGAGCGACUCCGACGACACAUCCCUUUCAACCCACGACGCCUCGCUUGGCAGGCGACCGGAAGACUUCGAAACUUUCUCCUCCGAUGAAACCGCUCUUAAAGAGGUCCAGGAAAGCCAGGCUUGGAGAACAGAAACAAAGACCAUGUCUUCAACGCGACAACACAAGGUACCCAUUACCGAAUUCCAGGCGACAAGAGAGGCCCUGUUCAUGCUCCAAGGUCUCCCGACAACCCUAUUCCAGAAAGACGGUCUUCCCGAUCCAGCGUACCAGAUUCUAAGUGUCGCUUGGGACACCUACAAAGCUCUGAUCACUUGUUUCGCCGAAAGCGGACGUCAGCUUUUCCUGCUGCGCUUAUUCUCGAAGCGGGCGCAGACAGCGCCCCUCUUCCAGGUCUUUCGUGAUAACGUUUUGGCUAGCUUGCAGUCGUUUGACAAGAAUAUCUCGGUUAUUCAAGAGCGGCUAACGGUAGCACGGGAAGAUACGAUUGUCAGUAUGGCAGCAAUCUUGGAAGAACUCAAACCUCACUUGGAGCCCCUGAGAUCUCUAUCCGAGAUCGUGCGACAGCUCUACGACCCCGCAAAUGGCGGAGCGUUUCGCUUCUUGGAGCUCAUUUACGACGAGAUCGGCAUCGCCCAGCUUUCAGGACGAGAUACAACGUACGAGUUUCUUGGAAGGAUAUUCUUCAAUUGCUUCCAGGUUUAUCUUCGACCAAUUCGCCUUUGGAUGUCAGAGGGGCAACUUAUGCCAGGAGACAAGGUCUUCUUCGUAUCGGAAUCACCUACACAAGUGCCGCUUCGUCAGGUCUGGCAAGAACAGUUCAAGCUCAGGAGAACGUCAGACGGCGUGCUUCACGCGCCCAGUUUCCUGCAGCCGAGUGUUGGAAAGGUGUUUACCGCCGGGAAGAGCAUUGUCGUGCUCAAGCACCUUGGCAAAUUCGAGUCGCUUCGCGAGCUUUGGGACGUGCAAGAGCCCCCUCUUACGUUUGACACCAUCUGUCCACCCGGAUUGGAACUUGCACCCUUUCCCGAGCUUUUUACCUCUUCCUUCAAUCUCUGGAUGCAAAGCAAAUACCAUGCAACUUCCGAAACACUUAAACAGGCAUUGUUUGACUCUUGCGGGCUACAGGCCAACAUUGAAGCAUUGCACCAACUCUACUUGAUGGCUGACGGAGCAGCGGCGGACGAAUUUUGCAAAGGUGUUUUUGCUCGGCUGGACGCCCUGCGUCCCGAUUGGUACGAUCGAUAUUCCUUGAGUGGGCUGGCGCAGGAGGCCUUCUCCUUACGCGUCGACACCACCCGGCUAUUUGUCACUGUCAGGCUAGAGGGCCAGAAGAAAUCGGUUGUAGCUGCUCGCGAUCUGAUCCGGACAGCCCUGCCAGAGGUUAUCUUGCAGUAUCGUCUGCCCUGGCCGAUUCAACUCGUAGUGACCGAGGACACAAUCAUCCAAUAUCAGGCGGUCUUUACACUACAGAUGCAAAUCAGACGUGCCGUCGGUCUGAUCCAGCGGAACCGGAUACUGGACGAGCUGGUCUCCCGCAGAGAUAUCUGGGGCAGCCGAGCGUUGUACUAUCUCCUUCGUUCCAAGUUGAUGUGGUUUUGUAACUGCAUUCAGACCUACCUGGCAACACUGGUACUGGCUCCUUACACGGAAACCUUACGCCAGCGUUUACGACAGGCUUAUGACGUGGAUGCUAUGAUCGGUCUCCAUGCCACUUUUAUGAAGCAGGUUGUCGACGCAGCGUGCCUAGGCAGGAAACUGGUCCCCAUUAGGGGUGGCAUAUUGGACAUCGUGGACCUGGCCGCGAAGCUAGAAGAUGCUCAGAGCGCUAGUGUCGCCGAGGAGGCAGAGGAAGCACAGGAGCUAUCCCGACUUUCCAUCAUGUCUUCGCCGAUGAAAGCGAGCCCCCGCCGGCGGAAACAGGUCGUUUACGCUGGGAACAGUGACGAUGACGGUUCGAAGAGCUUCGGAGGCAGGGCCAAAAGGGGAGCAAUCAAUGCGGGCAAGGGCUACCAUGAGUGCCUGCAGGAGAUCAAGACGGACUUUGAGAGGCAUUUGAGAUUUAUCUGCGGGGGCCUGCGAGGGGUUGCCAGGGCUUCAAGCGACGAGGCGGCUGUGAAAUGGGACCUCCUGGCCGAAAUGCUAGAAGUGGGUGUCAAAGAGGGUGUUUGA